AUGACCGAGUCUGACGCCCCGCAGCCUCUGGGUCUGCCGUCUACGUCGGACGCGCCCAAGGCACAGCUCCAUGACACGAUCCAGUUUGAACAACUAGGCCCCAUUGUGGUCAACUCGGAUGGCACCAUGUCUCGCAUCCCCAAUUGGCACGACAUGACUGACAUGGAAAAGGAACGCACUGUGCGCAUCUUGUCGAAACGGAACAAGGAGCGCACAGAGCGUCUCCGGGCUGAGCAAGCAUCGUCAUAG